ACACGCAGUGACACAUCUUGGUUGGCGUUUGCAGCGAAAUACUUGGCGAAAAUUGCCAAUGGGGACAGAAUAACCGGUUAUAGCUUAGCCUACUUUAAAGAACUAUGUAGCCUACAAUGGAAAGAUCGAAACAAAAGUUAAAGGCUUAAGUUGGAACACGCUUUGAUAGGCUACUGCGCCUCCUGCAACACCGGGUUUUAGCAUGUGAUCGAAAGCAUUUGUCCUUCACGUGAUUCUGUUCUUCACUUCAUCCUAUCAUUCUAAAAGAUUAGGGAAGUAGCCUAGCCUAAUGACAGAUCAUAGUUUCCCAACAACGCCAACAGUUACAGACGAAAGCUCUCCUCCGAAAACAAAUGCAGUAGCCUAAAGCCAGCAGUUGUAGUAUGGAUCCCUACAUGCUGGCAUUUGCCUUGCUAAUUAUACGACUGCCAGCAGAGGGAGAUGCCUCACAAAUCUCCUGCUACAAUGAUAAAGGAGACACUGUUGACUGGUUUUAUCUGUAUAAACUCCCUCACCACAAAUCUCGCAUAGAAGGAUUACAGUAUCUGCUGCUGGAGAAAGGAAGUGAGGGAUGGGUGGAUGGAAGAGGACCCGUGAACGACAGCACAGGAGCCUUGGCACGGACGAUGGGGCCUUUAUAUGAGGCUGAUGAAAUAGGAUAUAUACUGUACAAUGAUCAAGCACCCCACACAGGAAAACCGACUGAGGGAGAUGGAGAAAGCAAUGAAGACGGCCACACAAAAGGCGUUGUCCUGUUUGACAAAGAGCGUGGCUUCUGGCUGGUCCACAGUACUCCCCAUUUCCCCCCCUCGAAAGCUAAGGGGCAGUUCUCCUACCCGAGCACCGGAGUCAUCAAUGGACAGAACUUCCUCUGUGUAUCCUACCCACUGGAACGUUUCCAGACCAUUGGGGAGCAGUUGCAGAUCAACCAGCCCCACGUGUACGACUGCCACGUCCCCCCGGCGCUGGCCUCCUCCGUGCCCUCCUUGGUGAGCCUGUGUGGACAGGGUGUCAAUGUCAGCGCCACAGAUGUUUCCUCCACAGCGGCCAAUCGGAGUGUCACGCUCACCUCCCUGGGUGGAUCACAGUUUAUCAGCUUUGCAAAAGGAGCGUCAUUCAAGAAUGAUCUGUAUCAUGCCUGGGUAGCACCCACCCUGCAGUCCAACCUGCUGGUGCAGUUCUGGCAGCGAUCCAGGGGGAUCCUGAAGUCCGACUGCACGCUGGGCUGGACGGUACUGGACAUAGCACAGCUCGCCCCCGGCCAGCGCUUCACCUACAAGGCCACCCACGACCACUCCAAAUGGGCUGUGAGUCCGGGCCCAGACACCAGCAGUGGGGCGGCGGUAGCGGCGGCGGAGAGCGGACGCUCGGGGGGCUGGGUGUGUGUGGGGGACAUCAACCGAGACGAGGCCGAGGAACUGAGGGGAGGGGGGACGGUCUGCCUCCAGGACCCCGUCGUGUGGAAGGCCUACCGGACCGCCGCCCUCCAGUGUCUUUCCUGCAAAGGGGACAUUAGUGAGUGUGACACUGCGCUGAGGGGUGCAGGCUGGCAGUGACACACUCACUAAUGCACACAGGGUCAAGGACUUUCCCAUGUUUCUAAGGGUCAAGGACUUUCCCAUGUUUCUAAUCAUACCUCAACCAGCCAAACAAGGGUUCAUUUUGUUAAAGAGAUCAGGUAGGGGAAGACUUCAAACAUGCAGCACUAGUAGUAGGACCAUUACACAUAGAUUGAGAGGGAAUAAGGUACUCUAAAUAAAAUGGUACUCUCUUAUUCACCCAUCUGAAGAAUAUAACGGUAAUAAAUUGUAUGGAUGAGGCCAAGUGUAAAUGCAUACUACAGUAUUUUUGGACAUCUGAAGCUGUUAGUGGAAGCUGAGAGCCAUUAUGCUUUAGCAUCUGUUGAGGCGCAAGGUCCAUCUGGAUUUUUAAUGAUAGAUAAUGAAUUCUAAAUGCAGAGAUCUGAAUAUGUUUAUGUUUCUUAAACAGUUCCAGGUUUAUGCCACUGACUGUCCAUUUCCACAGCUUAUGUUGUACAUUUUCAUUUUUUAUUCAUGGGGAAAGGUCUGGAUAGAAUAUAUUAUAUUUUUGUACACAUCAUAAGUAUAAUAUAUCAGUUUUACAUGGAAUAAAUGACUGUUUUACCUA